AUGCCGAAAAAAGAUUAUGGUCAAUGUUUAGUAUGUGAUGAUGUUGCAAUUGGUAUUAAUUUUGGUGCACCAACAUGUAUGCCAUGUAAAGCUUUUUUUCGACGAAAUGCAGUUAAACUUGCUACUCAAGAAUUUAUUUGUGAGGGUGAUGGUGAUUGUAUAAUAACAGAUAAAUAUCGUCGUUCAUGUAAUUGUUGUCGUUUGGCAAAAUGUUUUCGUGUUGGAAUGAAAAAAUCAUCGAUUCUUUCUGAUGAGAAACGCGAAGCACGAAAGGCACUUGUAGCAAUAAAUCGUCUUAAACGUAGUCGAAUGCCUAAACCAGAAUGGCUCAUAUGGGUUUGUAUUAAUUAA